GUGUCCUCCAGACUAGCUGCGGUGACCACCAGAAGCUCCCAGGCUGUCUGCUCGCUGCAGGACCAGGAUGAGCUCCAGACUUCCGGUCGCAGCGCUCUCCUUAAAGCAGUUCCUCCAGAGACAGAAGGUUCUGGGAAUCUACAGGAACAUGCUGAGGACCAUCCGCCAGGUUCCUGACGAGGCAGACCGGAAGUACCUGAGGGACUGGGCCAGGAGCGAGUUUAAGAGGAACAAGGACGCCACUAACCAGGACGCCAUCCGCAUGAUGAUAACACAGGCCAGCAACCACCUGGAGGAGCUGCAGAAAUCUCUGGCGCUGGCUAGAAGCUGACGUCCCCCCCCCCACACACCGCUGACCACUGUUCUGGACUUUUCUUCAGCAGUCAGGAUCUGGGACAGCGAUCAGGAUCCUGAUCCAACAUGCUGUGUUUGAUGUAAAUAAAGGAACUCCAUCACUCAGAGGUUAUGCUGGUUUUUAUAACAAAAAUAUUUUUUCUGACAUCAUCAGAGAGAAGAAAUCAAAGGAAGAGAAAUAAAAGAGCAGAAAGUAACACUGAAGCUGUUCUUCAUGCAGCACAUUCAGUACAAACACUGAGCUCAGCUUUUUUUUCACAUGUUCAACAGAAGAGCCUCUGAUGCGAUGACAUCACUGCCGCCGCUCAGCGCAGCUUCUAUCUUUACUGACCAUCAAACCACAGAAGGUUUGCUUUCAUGUCCGCAUUAAAAAAUACA